AUGCUUUCCAGAGUAGGCUUGAGAGGAAUGAAGCAAAUGCUUCCUUAUAAAAGGGCUGGAGUCAUUGGUGGUGUUAUGACCAGACAAUUAGGAAGUGGACCAUCCUCAACCAUCACUGAACAACACACUCUUAGAACCAUCAAGUUACUGGAUCCAGAACACCCUGAAUAUGGAGAUUAUCCCGAUUACCCAGUACAGUAUAGUGAAUUGAAAGAUCCUUAUGCCAAGUAUGACGAUCAACAAAUGAGAAGAAAUUUUAAUGACCCUUUGAACAUGGAUCAUGAUUUAUACGAUAUGUGGUCCCCAGAUUUAUUAUUACAAGGACAUUUGGGUGUUAGUACCUUCUGGAAGUACUCUUUCUACUUAUUUGGGUCAUUUUUUGCAUUUGCUGGAGGAAUCUACUACUUUGAUUUAUCACCAGCUAAGCCAGCUGCUCCAAGAUCAUAUCCAUAUGAUGGUAUGGCUAAACAAUUGGGUGCUACAGAUGAUGAGAAUGCUCAUUUGUUUAGAACCAACGUGGAUAAAUCUGCUGAAGAACAAUGUGGUGUGUUACCACCUGAUGCCGAUAUUCAAGCAAACAAGGCUGCUUAUUUAGAAGCCAAUAAGGACUUUGUCAAAGCUUAA